AAACUUUCACUUCUUUUACUUUUUUUCCUCUCUGAUUCUGUGAUCCAUUUCUCUCUCUCCCUCUCUCUCGCUCUACAAGGAAUCUUUGUCCUUUUUCUCUCCAAUGGCGGAAAGCUCCGCUCUGUGCUUCUCGCCCUUGGCCUCGAUCCCAUCGAUUUCUCGCUUCUCUUCGCUCUCCGCAUUCACUUCCUCUCACAAAUCCUCAAUUUCUCAUUCUCCUCGUCCCUCUCGUCCUCUACGUUUAUCUGUCAAAGCUUCUUCAGAUUCCGGCAACUUUUUCGCCGACGAUUCAUUCGGCUUCUUCCCUUGGAGCCAAGGUGAUAGCGAAAUUGAAUGGGUUCCUGAGGAGAGGAUAACGUUGUUCACUGCUGAUGGGCUUAUUCAGAUUGGAGGCUCCCUAGUCCCUCAACGUGUCUCUUCUUCGGAGAAGAAGCAAGGGAGAUCAAGAACUUCUCAGAGAUUUCAACGCUUUCAAGAAAGCGAUUACAUGGAUCCAGAGCAGGGCCUUUGUCUGGGUGCACUCUUUGAUAUUGCGGCAACAAAUGGACUUGAUAUGGGCAGAAGACUCUGUAUUAUUGGGUUUUGCCGUUCCAUUGAGAUGCUGAGUGAUGUUGUGGAGGACACUGUCUUGGAGCAUGGUGGGGAGAUUGUUACUGCGGAGAAGGCAACCAAAGGCGGUUUGCAUGAGAAGCUAACCAUGACGGUUGCAGUGCCAUUACUUUGGGGGGUUCCUCCUGCAUCUGAAACACUUCACCUUGCAGUUCAGAGUGGUGGAGGGAUUGUGGAUAAGCCACCUGGAUGCAAUUUGGAAGUAACAUAAUUUACUUAACAACCUCACAAUUCCAUGGAAAUAUGGAAAGAGAUGAUAUUAGAAAAGGCAAGGAGAGGAAGAAAUGCCAUUUAGCCACAAAGGUGGUGUCCUUGUGUUGUCUACAAAAUGUGGGAUAAAUAUGCCAUUUGAACGAGAAUGUUGAUUGUAGAGCUCUAAAGGAUUGACUGGUUGAGUAUGAAAUGGCCAAAAUGAUUGCUGCCUUAAGGCAGUCAAAAUAUGGGAACUUUUUAUCUUUUUCCUCAACAGCCGAAAGAGCAUAGUUAUAAGGAUUGUGCCGUCUGAGUGGGCUUUCUUUUAGUUGUUGCCUUGUUGGAAAAAGGCAGGCCGGACUUCUACUUUGAAAUUCCAAUAGUGUGGUUGCAGAAGAAGAGAAGUGGAAUUUGAUGGCGGCCUCAAAAGGAAGCCGCCUAGUACAAUAAAAAGAAAGCCACCCAAACGUAAUUAUGACUUGUUGGUGAGGUCCAAAUUUAAUUGUGACUCUUUAUGGGACCCUCCAAUGUUUCUUUUUUUGACAGGUAGAUAGUGGGGAGGAGUAAAAGAUGGGGUUUGAAUAUCGUAUACGAGGCACCAUAAAAAAUGUUAUCUGUUCUACACUACA